AUGUUUUACUCACAAUAUCCUUCAAACUCUAGACAGCAACUUGAUCAUCAUACAAAUCCCAACACAAUAGAAAUGUUUAGUCGACGUUACCACAACCAUGAAUUUUCAUCAUCAACCCAGUGUAGUUCAUGUCUAACUCAAAUCAUUGAUGCACCAAUAAGCUUAGUUUGGUCAAUAGUUAGUCGUUUUGAUCAACCACAAGCUUACAAAAGAUUUGUAAGGAGUUGCAGAAUCGUUAAAGGUAAUGGACGUCGUAUUGGCAGCAUACGUGAAGUACGUCUUGUUUCAGGAUUACCAGCUACAUCAAGUACUGAACGGUUAGAUUUACUUGACAAUGAAAAUCAUGUCAUGUGUGUUAGUAUUGUUGGUGGUGAUCAUAGGCUUAAUAAUUAUAAGUCUAUCAUCACACUUCACGAAGUCAAUAACAACAAUAAUGAUCAUCAUCAAGAUGAUAGCAGUGACGAUGAUGUUUUUGGGAAUAAAUCAACUAUUGUGAUCCAAUCUUAUGUGGUUGAUAUACCAGAUGGAAAUACUGCAGAAGACACAAGAACAUUUGUUGACACAAUAAUGAGGUGUAAUCUUAAGUCUCUUGCUAGUAUUAGUGAGAAAAUGGCAUUAUUAGUCUUCUAA